AUGAUGAAAAAAGCAAAUGAACUUAAUGCAGAUCUGAUUAUCAUACAAGAACCAUAUACUAUAAACAAUAAAGUGGUCUGCUUGGGACAAUGGCAAAUUUUAUACAAACAAUCUGACAAAAAACCAAAGUGCUGCAUAGGAGUAAGGAAUAACAGCAUCGAUAUUGUUUUAGUACCUGAACUGUCUUCAAAUAUAAUAACCACUGUAAUUAUCCAAAACAAAACAAAUAUUUUCUUGGUUAACGCUUAUUUGUCACCCUAUAUGGAGGAUGAGAAGGGUAUACAAGAAAUAGAAAAAGUUAUUAGUAAAAUAAAAUCCAAACACAUAAUUAUUGCAGGCGAUAUAAACGCCAAGUCAUCAGCAUGGUAUAACGAAAAGGAAGAUAAUAGGGGAAGAUUAACAAUGGAACUAAUGGAAAAAUAUGAUUUAAUUUCAGUUAACAUGACAGACCAUCCUACGUUCUUCACAUCGCAUGCAAGGGGAUGGACAGAUGUAUGUCUGGUUUCGAGCGAUUUAGCGCAAAACGUCAUAAAUUGUGAAACCUUACUAACAACCUCUGCAAGUGACCACCGUUUUAUUUCCACUCAAAUUAAUAAUUUAAAACUGAAUAAAUAUCAAAUAUUCACCACAAAACAUAUAAACUGGGACCUAUAUAAAAAGUACUUUAAUGAAAAUUGGAGCAACCAUGAGUACCCAAUAAUUGAAUCGACACAGGAUAUUGAUCGUUAUGUUGAAAUGCUAACGAAAGACAUGCAAACAGCUGGUAAACGAGCAGGAAAAUUGGUGAGGAAAAAAAUUAACACCAAAACUCAUUGGUGGACGGAGGAACUGGAAAAACAAAGAAAGAGAAUAAAUAAAUUGAGAAAAAGAUAUCAACGUGCAACAAACAACGAACAAAAGCAACAACAAAGAAAAAUAUAA